CGUGCUGGUUAGCGACCUGAAGAUAACCCACGCCCCUCGUUCCCCGCAACCACAGUCCACAAUCAGGCCAGUCCGACUUCAACAUGGCCAUCGCUCGCCCGGUGCGAGCCCUGGGCCUGGCGGCCAUCGUUAUGUGGUGCUUUUUCGUCUGGCAGCUCCUCAAGCCGACAGCAUCGCUAAGCAGCAUUGGCGACAGCCGCCUAUUGCCCACCGAGCGAGACCCCAAUCUAGAUCCGACCGGCGAGCCCGAGGGCAUCCUAACAUACUCGUCCGACGAAUAUGCGCCCGGCCCGGCUGGCACUGCCCGCAUUAACGCUACCUUGCUGGCGCUGGUGCGGAACGAGGAGCUGGAUGGCAUGCUGCAGGCGAUGCACGAUCUCGAGCGGACAUGGAACCACAAGUUCAACUAUCCGUGGACCUUCUUCAACGACGUCCCCUUCACCGCAGAAUUCAAGAAGAGGACGCAGGCCGCGACAAAGGCCGAGUGCAGAUACGAACUCAUCCCCAAGGAGCACUGGGAGGUGCCAUCGUGGAUCAACCACGACCUGUUCAUUGAGUCAACCAAGAUCCUAGAGGAGCAGGAUGUGCAGUACGCCACGAAGGUGUCGUACCACCAGAUGUGCCGCUGGAACAGCGGCCUAUUCUACAAGCACCCCGCGCUGGCCAACAUGCAGUACUACUGGCGCGUCGAGCCCAAGGUGCACUUUUUCUGCGACGUUGACUACGACGUCUUCCGCUACAUGCAGGACAACAACAAGACGUACGGCUUCACCAUCAACCUGUACGAUGCGCCGCAGUCCAUCCCGUCGCUGUGGCCCGAGACGCUCAAGUUCAUCGCCGAGCACCCCGAAUACGUGCACGAGAACAACGCCAUGAAGUGGCUGACCGACAACAUCCGCCGCCCGGACCACAACACCAAGGCCCAGGGCUACUCGACCUGCCACUUCUGGAGCAACUUCGAGAUAGCCGACUUGAGCUUCUGGCGCAGCAAGGCCUACGAGGAUUACUUCAACCACCUCGACCGCGCCGGUGGCUUCUUCUACGAGCGCUGGGGAGAUGCACCCGUUCACAGCAUCGCUCUGGGUCUGUUUGAAGACUCGAGUCGCAUUCAUUGGUUCCGCGACAUCGGCUACCAGCACAUCCCCUUCUUCAACUGCCCCAACUCGCCAAAGUGCAAAGGCUGUGUUACCGGCCGCUUUACCGAUGGCCAGGCCUGGCUCAAUAAGGAGGACUGCCGGCCCAACUGGUUCAAGUAUGUCGGUAUGGGCUAAGCCAUCCAUCCGUAUCGCAGUGACGGCGUUAGCCCGGGUUUGUAUAUACAUCUUUACGGUCAUCGGCACGGUUUUGGACUAUCGCAGCAUAUCGGGAGGAAGAUGGUGUCCGGCGCAGAUGUUUUUUUUUCCGCUCUAGGUUUUCGACCCUG